AUGUAUGGACCAGUGAACUCGACACUCGUACCUUUUGACCACACAUACAUUCUUUAUUCUCCCGACCAUGUGCUAUCGUUACCACUUGCUGCAAGUUCGUUACUGCCGAUUUUAAUACUUGUGUUUUUAUUUUCGUGGCACAUUGUUACUAGAGAGAUUGAGCCAUGUUUGUUUGCUGCCGGACACGUUUGUAACGAUGUCAUCAGCGGGAUCUUUAAAAACGUGGUCAAGUACCCCCGUCCUCAGAACGGACAAAUUUUCAAGCAGGAUGGUGGGUUAGUGUGGGGGAUGCCCAGCUCACACUCCCAGUUCAUGUCUUUCUGGGCAACCUACGUCCUCUUGAUGUACGUGCAAAACUGGCCGUACUACAAACUAAACAAGUGCCAGAAGGUGAUGUCCACUGCGGGUGUAAUAAGCUGUGUGUCGGUCGUGGUUGGCAGCAGAAUUAUUUUUGAGUACCACAACUGGAACCAGAUCAUUGUCGGGUUGGUAUUUGGGAGCAUGCUAGCAAGCGCAUACUACGUCUUUAUCAGCCUGCUGCGGGAGUAUGGUGUUUUGGACCGUGUUCUACAACUCGAGAUUUUCCGAUGGUGGGGGAUGAAGGACGGGUUCGGAAGAGGCAUGUUCAAGACUCUCGCCGAGGAGAGGGCGGAGUGGGAGAAGGAAACGUACGCAUACACAGAAACGAGUAUAGGGAAGCCUUAG